GCGUUCAUGAACACGUGGUCACAAGCAUUGGGUGCGGAGCUCAAGUCAAAAGGAAUUUUAGUGGAAAACGUCAAUACAUAUUUCGUGGUCUCGGCAAUGUCAAAAGUGCGAAAACCUUCUUUCUUAAUUCCGCUACCAAGGCCUUACGUUAAAUCCGUAUUGAAUAAAAUUGGAUUACCAUGUGGUGCCUCCUGGGUGCCCUAUAAUUCCUGUCCCUAUCCCUCGCAUGCUUUGGCCAACUGGAUUGUGGCAAAUACGUUUUCAUGGAGUUUUUGGGUAAACCAAGGACUAGCUCAACAAGAAAAUAUUAGGAAGCGCGCGUUAAGAAAGAGGGAAAGAGAGGCAGCUGCGGCAAAAUCCCAAUGA